UGUACCUCCUGAAAAAUAUAACAUUAUUCUACUUUGGUUGUUACAAGUUAAAAGAAGUAAAAAUGUUUCGCCUACCUAUAACGAUUGUUGUUCUUGCUUUAAUUUCGUUCAGUUAUUCACAAGUCACUUCAUCAGGCCAAUGUGGUGACAGAACUAGUGUAAGACAUAUGAAAAAUUUCAAUUUGGAGCGGUUUUCAGGUAAUAAUGCGUCAUGGUACCUGGUGUAUUCACUCAGCGCCGCCAAUUGCGAAAUCAUAAAUUACGCUGUAACAAGUAACGUUACUCUACAUAUGAUUAGCCAACUAAAAAAUUUAAGACUUGGUACUAAUGGUGCAUGGUUGGAAAGGUACGGUGAAGUUACUUGGCAACCGGGUAGUAACAGACGAGGUGUUCUAAGUCUGGUUUUAGGCAAUGUUGCCGCUCCUUUCAUAUUUAGAGUACUUGGAACUGAUUACGUUAACUACAACAUUCAGUACAGAUGCAUCAAUGUAGAUAGCUCAACCAAAAGGGAAUUUCUGUAUGUGAUGAGCCGGAGGAAUGCCCUAUCAACCUCAAUGGAUGGUUUAGUUCAACGAAUUAUUCGAGCUAACGGUCUUGGUGGAUUAUCACAGGGAGAUUUUUUGAAUCAAAGUUUUCGUUUACAGAUUACCAUUGCAAUGUGAAUUAUAAUGUAUGUAUAUGUAUGUAAAUAUAUAUCACAUAAUCUUA